AUGUCAUCUUCCGAAGAGAAUUCAGAUGCUUCUGCUCCAGGAACUCCCGUGAAGUCAGGAACUCCAUCGUCUCGUGGAUCCUCUCCAGCUUCACCACCUGCUAAACAAGAAACCACGAAGAAGAAAGCCAUCCUUUCUGAUUCUGAUGAUGAUUCGGAUUCUCGUCCAGCACCAAAACAACUAUCCGAUUCAUCUGAUGACGAUCGGAGACCUGCUGGUGAUGGUCAUGCAAGCGGUGGUGGAAAUUUGUUCGGUGAUGUUUCCGGAUCGUCGGAUGAUGAUUCUGAUUCGGAGAAAAAGCCAAGAGAAUCAGAUACGAGAGCUCGGCUGUCUGAUUCGGAUGCAGAGAGCCGUGGAAGCUUGAAUGAGCUUCAAGGAAUUGUGAUGGCGAAUCCAGAUGAAAUCGAGGAGAAAGAGAAAGAAGAGGUUCAUGACACAGAGAUGCUGUCGGGUCGUGUUUCUUUGGAAUUUGCGGAGGAAGCUCCUUAUUACGUUAGAAUGCCAAACUUCUUGUCAGUGGCCACUCAUCCGUUCGAUCCACAACAUUACGAAGAAGAUGAAGAUGAUGAUCAAGCUAAAAUGGACGAAGAAGGACGGACGAGACUCAAAUUGAGGGUGGAAAAUACUCUUCGCUGGCGUAUCAGGAAAGAUGAGAACGGUGAAGAGAUUCGAGAGAGCAAUGCAAAAAUUGUCAAAUGGGAAGAUGGAACAAUGUCGCUGUAUCUUGGAAACGAAAUCUUCGAUGUGACACUGAUGCCGUUGAACGUGAAUAACUUACCACAUCUGUACGUUUCUCAACCGAAUAUGAUGUCUGCUCAGCACGUUCUCACUCAUCGAAUGAACUUCCGUCCUCAUUCUACGGACUCCCAAACUCACAGAAAAGUCACGCUGAACAUGGCCGACCGAAGCAGAAAGAAUGCGCAAGUCAAGGUUAUGGACUCUGUUGGACAGAAUCCAGAAAUCGUACGAAGAGAGAACGCUCGCAAAGAAGAAGAAUCGCUCCGUGCUCAUAUCCGGCGCACUCAAAUGGUCAGAAACAAUUUCAAGGUUCGUCGUCCGAACUAUGGACAAGUGUAUUCUGAUGAGGAGGAUAUGCCAAGCACAUCGAGAAAGGGAAAGAGGAAGGAGGCUCCAAUCAUAGGUAAACGAGAAGGAUUAUCACUGAUUUAUAAUGUCUCUUACUCAGGCGCCAGCUCGGAAAGCGAGGAUGAAGGAGACAAUCACAAGAAGAGCUCGGAUAGUGACUCGGAUGAAGAGUACCGAAAACGAAAGCAACAACAAAAGAAACAGAUUGUCACCAGUGACGAAGAUUCCGAUUGA